AUGUCUCCAGAUCGUUUUGAACACCAGUUAUCUCUUGUUACACCACUUAUUUCGAGGAAGUCAACGAAACUUAGAUCACCCAUCUCAGCUGCUGAAAGACUCACCCUCAGUUACGCUACUUGGCAACAGGUGACUCGCAGCAAUCCCAGUCAUUUAACUUUCAAAUUGGUAGAUCAACGGUGUCAAACAUUAUUAGAGAAACCCGUGACGCGAUCUGGACGCAACUACGUGAAACGUGUCUCUACACCCAAAAGUCCUCAGGAAUGGAAAAGGAUUUCCGAAGAAUUUUCUUCUGUGUGGAAUUUUCCACAUUGCAUUGGAGCUGGGAAUGGAAAGCACGUGGUUAUCGACUGCCCAGAGAAUACUGGGUCCAACUUCUUUAAUGACAAAGGUGCCUUUAGCAUUGUGCUGUUGGCUUAUGGAGAUGUAAAUUACUGUUUUACGGCUGUGGACGUAGGACAGUAUGGUAGUGGCAAUGAUUCUGGUGCAUUUGUUAACUCCGAUAUUAGCAAAGCGUUUGAGAGUAACAGUUUCAAUGUCCCAGAAGCUGAACACGUGCAAGGGUGUGCUGACAAACUACCAUAUGUCACUGUGGUUGAUGAAGGGUUGUCAUUAAAACAGUAUCAAAUGCGCUCUUAUCCUGGUAAAGAUCUCAUGGAGGAACGUGCAAUUUUUAACUGUUGGUUAUCCCGAGCAAGAAGAAUUAUUGAAAACAUCUUUGGGAUUCUCGUUGCACGAUAG